UGGAGUCUUGAGCUAGAGCCCUCUUUCCACUGAUUCGUUUCUUGCCUCAGCAAACUGAAAAUGGCGGCUUUCUUCCGAAGGCUGGCAAGAGCCACUCCGAUUUCAUUGACCAAUGUUCUUGGUGGCCAUUCCAAAUCCAGUCAUAGUGAGUUUCGGGUUCCUUUUGGUGCAGUUGCGGCGAUCACCGGUGGAUUCUCCUACUUGUACUAUUAUUCCUCACCCAACCUGGUUCACUUGGAUGAAAUAAAAGAAGAGAAAAGUCAAAAUAUUGCUUUGGUUCCUGAUAAAUGGAUCGAAUUUAAGUUGCAAGACACUGCCAGGGUUAGUCACAAUUCCAAGUUAUUCAGGUUUACAUUUGAUCCCCAUAAGAAGCUGGGUUUGGAUGUUGCCUCUUGCAUUCUUACACGGGCUCCAUUGGGACCAGAUGCUGAAGGAAAACCAAAAUAUGUCAUUCGUCCGUAUACUCCUAUAUCAGAUCCAGAAUCUAAGGGAUACUUUGAUUUGUUGAUCAAGGUGUACCCUGAAGGAAAAAUGAGUCAGCAUUUUGCAAGCCUGAAACCAGGCGAUGUGGUUGAAGUGAAAGGGCCCAUUGAAAAGCUCCGAUAUACGCCCAACAUGAAGAAGCAUAUUGGCAUGAUUGCUGGAGGCACAGGAAUUACUCCAAUGCUUCAGGUAAUUGAAGCUAUAUUGAAGAAUCCUGACGACAAAACUCAGAUAUCAUUGCUGUAUGCUAAUAUCUCUCCAGAUGACAUCCUCCUCAAACAAAAGCUUGAUGUUUUAGCAGCUAGCCAUCCUAACUUAAAGGUAUUCUACACUGUAGAUCAUCCAACGAAGAAUUGGAGAGGUGGCGUAGGUUACAUAUCAGAGGACAUGGCUGAGAAAGGCUUACCUGCUCCUGGCGAUGAUACUCUUAUCCUUGUGUGUGGACCCCCAGGCAUGAUGCAACAUGUAUCUGGCGAAAAGGCUAAAGACUGGACACAAGGAGAGGUUUCUGGCAUACUCAAAGAGCUUGGAUACACUGAGCAAAUGGUUUACAAAUUUUGAGAAAUAUGAGAUUGUAGCAUCUGAUCUGAGCACCUGUGGGUACAGAAUUUGUAGAAUGAAGUGAUUUUCUUAACAAAAACAGCUGGCUGCGGAUGAAUUCAAACAUGGAAUAAGUCCUGAACUGCAUACCAUAGAUAGAGAAAUGAUGAUGAUGAUUGUUCUGAAGUGGCUUUUUUGAAUUCUGAAAAUUUUUGUAGUUGGCCAUUCGGUUGUUCAUGGCCUGAGCAUGUGGCUGUCAAUAAAAGAUAUUCCCUCCUGGGCUUAACUUACUCUCCCCACCCACUCUUGAAACAUCUGUUUUUCAAGAAAUUUUAGAUGCAGUUU